AUGAUUUUUUUUCAAUUGAUUGCGACAGUCAUACUGUUAUUAAGUCCUUUGUCAUGUGGUUUGUUAUCGUCAGCUACUCCUAAGGCUAAUUGGGAAAAUGUUGAAUUCAAGAGAAUCGUUAAUGUUUUAAAGUCUUACCCUCAUGAAUCCCUUGAAUUGGUUAUCAAGAAUAUUGGAUCCACCCCAGAGUCUCACUACUAUUUCACCCUCCCCGAGAAAGUCUUUAAGAAAGCAUCUAUUUUCUCAGCUUCUUUACCAGAUCAUAAUAUCUAUGUUGAUAGCUCACCAGAUGCUGAGAGCACUGUUCGGGAAGAUAGUGAGGACAUUCGUUAUAUUCUUGUGCAGUUUCCAUUUGAAGUUGCACCAGACCAGGAAAUUCGUUUGAAUAUUAAUUUUAUGCAUAAUGCAGGUCUGAAACCUUACCCUGAGCAUAUCCAACUAGGUACUCCUCAGAACUUAUUACUAAAUACAAAUAAAUUACCGCACUCUCUAUACCGCACUUUGAAAUAUAACCUAGAAUUUGUUGGUGGCCAGGGUUUAAGUGAAGUUCCAACCUUUCAAGAUAGCAGCAGUGACGGCCAACUUGAUGGUGAAGUCUUAAAGUUUGGUCCAAUCCUGAAUAUCGAGCCGUUUACACAGUCCAAUGUGUCUGUUACUUAUGUUCGCGAAGCACCAUCGGUAAGAGUUAUUAACUUGAAUAGGAAUAUUUGGAUUUCUCAUUGGGCUAAUACAAUUCAAUUUGAUGAGUAUUAUGAGGUAACGAAUGACGCUGCAAAAUUGAAGGAUGGAUUUUCGAGAGCAGAGUUCAUGAAAGGUCAGUAUGCUCUCAAGCCAGGUAGUUAUCUAAUUGGGUUUGAAAUGAUGUUACCAGAGGAGUCGACUGAUCACUACUACACUGAUUUAGUUGGUAUGGUUUCUACUUAUAAAAUUAUUAGCAACCAUAUGUUCUUAAAACCUAGAUACCCAUUAUUUGGUGGCUGGUUUUAUAACUUUACUAUCGGCUGGACCAAUGAACUAAGCCAGUUCUUGCACACCGAUGGUGCAGAACAAUAUAUUGCUAGUAUUCCAAUCUUAAAUGGUCCACUUGAUACUUUCUACGACCAUGCAAAUAUAUCCAUUUACUUGCCAGAGGGUGCUGAAAUACUUGACCUAAAAUCUACUCUACCUAUUUCUAAUGUGAACGGUUCGACUGAACACUCAUUUUUUGAUCUAUCAAGUGGACAUGUUAAGGUAACUGUUGAAAUCAACAACUUAGUUGACAAUGCCCAAAAGGCACAGCUCUUUAUAAAGUACAAAUACUCGAAGUAUAUGAUGUACCGGAAGCCUAUAAACAUUGCAGCGUAUAUAUUUGUUGCUUUGAUGAGUUUCUUCUUCCUAAAACAGAUAAAUUUUAGAAUUGACCCAUAA